AUGCCGUCUGCAUCCAAAUCCAAGGCAAAGGAUAGGGCAGCUGCUUUCAAAGCAGCAAAAGAGCAACCUAAGGUGGCUGUCAAGCCAGUGGGGAAUGGCACCGGUGCAAGUACUUUUAAUAACCUCUCUGGAAAAUUUCAUCUUUUGGAGCCAUCAUCCUCUUUGCUGGGUAGCCAGGGUAACGAAAAGUUGAGGAAUACAGAUGAAAUAGACGAGCAUUCUCGUAGCUCGCAUGGUACAGGGGACUUUGAUUGCACCUCAAAUAAUGGUAGCUGUUCUGGAGAGUCAGAAGAUACAAAGGACAAAUCAACCAGCACUGCGCCUCGAGUGGACUCUAUUCCUGGAUGUGAUCUUGAUAAACGUGAGAAGAUCAGACAAAAGAAUGAGAAGAAGCAUCAAAGGCAGAAGGAGAGGCGCGCCCAGGAAUUGCACGAGCGUUGCAAGGGAUACCUAAUGUCCAGAAAGUUGGAGACACUUGCUCAGAAGCUUGUUGCAAUGGGUUUCUCAUCAGACCAGGCAACGAUGGCCCUUAUACAUAACGAGGGCUGUCUUGAGGAGUCUGUUGCCUGGCUAUGUAAUUUUGAUGGCAGUGAUGAAACGAAGCAGCAAGCUGCAGCAGCUCAACAGUCUGGAGCUAAUUUGAAGAUUGAUAUAACUGAUGAGCUCGCAAAGAUUGUGAUCCUGGAGGCGAAAUUUAAGUGUACAAAGCAAGAGGUAGAAAGGGCUAUUGUUUCUUCUGAGGGUGAUCUAGAAAAGGCUGAGGAGGCCUUGAAGACACAGAAGCAAGAAUCAGCAACAACCACAUCUAAGCCUGAAGUGUCUGGUGAUUCAAGUGGCUUGGUUAACAAGCCGCAGGUCAUGCUUGCGCAGAACCCAGCAAGGCCUCAAACAAAUGGGUUCUCUUCUGUAGGGCCUCAGCAAAUGAGGAGAGAUGAGAAGGACCCAAACUACAAGCUUUUAGUAAAUGGUAGUGGCCCAAAAGAACCUGCAGUUAAAGGGUUUCAACCAUUGGCCACAACAGUGAAGUCAGAUUUGGUCCGUCAACAAUUUUUUCAACCCGAGAAGAGGCGGGUUAUUGCCAAUUCGGUUCCAUCAGCUCCUUAUGUGACAUCAUCUCCGGUGCCUGUUGCAGUCCCACAAAUUAAGGCAGAAACACGACAUGUGGCAGCCGGCAAUGAGAUGAAAAGUGCAAUGCAUAACGGAAGCUUGCGAGACCCGGUAGUUGUAAUGCAGCGUCCUCAAUCCGCAGCUGCCAAGCAAAGUCUACCAUCCACAAGCCAUAGUAUGUUUGCAUCAGAGCCACCUUCAAGGGAAUGGUACAUGAAUGGCGCAUCAGGGGUGGAUAUGAUGUUGAAUGGUGGUUUAGGGCAUGGACUACGUAAUAUGAGUUUGGAGAAUGCUAAUUCUGCCAAGCAGCAGUUCAUGCAUGCAAACCAUCAACAAAGUUUUGUUUCCAAUCCUGUGGAGCUGGCUGCUAAUGGUUGGGGUGGUACAUGGGGUCCUGGAGGUGCAUCAUCUUCCCAGGCUGGGGGGUCGGCACAUGGGACGUUCAGAGGAGGAGGAUGGAGCUCAUCCGAGCCGUCUUCAGCUUUAUCUCAUGCUGAUUGGAGAAGCAAUGCGCCAGCACCGUGCGACUACACUUCAAUAGAUUGGAGCCUCGACACAACAUUGUUAAACCCUGCAGCGAAGAGCGAGUGGCUGUCUGACACAUGGUCAACCAUGUUCAUGGGCGGCAGAUCCACAAGGCCUGCUGGGGGGAACCUUGGCCUUGGUGGUGCGGGAGGCAUGAAUGGGUUGCAUGAGAGCAGCAGUGGUCUUCCAAUGGAGCCUGCUCCAUCACCCCGCCCUUAUGAGUGGCCUUCUUUCUGCAGGGGAGGAUCUUCCUAG